UUGCGGGCGACUGUCCAACUUUCACUGACAACUCGUUAGCUUCGCCGCCGUGGUUUCGAAUCAUUCACAGUCAUUCCGCGACGUCGGUAGACCGCGGCAGCGUUGUUCAAUUCCUCCGUCUGCCGCAAUAUUUCGAUCGAUCGAAUCCAAUUUUUUUAAAAGAAUCAUAACGAAACCCUACAAAAAAAGUGUCCGAUAAACUCCCACCCGAUCGUGCAACAGUUCCUGUAAUUUUUUACUCUUCCGUUGUGCCGGUGUCAGUGAUCAAAUUUUAAAAAGUGAAAUAAAAUAGAAGGUGCGUGAAUCAGAAAUAGUGGAAGAGGCUUGUGUUUUCUAUGUUUUAUAAAGAAUAUAUUCAAAAAUUGAUCAGAGUUUUUCGGAACGUGGGGUAACAGAAGCGGAUUGAAGAAAGUAGAAGUGAACAGAGAGCGAAAGUUCCGCUGUAACGUCUCUUCUGGUUGAAAGUCAACGCACUUUGCCAGCUACAUCGUGUAUCGUCGAUGCUUCUCACUACCACGCAUCGUGUAGUAGGUAUAGCAGUGUGGUCGAGGACGAAAGUUGAAAAGGAUCAGUUGUCCCUAAAUCGGCCAGGAGGUCGCAGUGAAUCGAGGAUCAUCGAUCACAAUCAAGUUCCAAGGACACCAUGGUCAUGGACACGAGCACCGUUCGCCUAGUGAUAUUCCUAGGGAUGUUCCUGAUAUUCGCCGGUGACUACAGCUACCUGGUCAGCACGAUUUUCGGCAAGACCGGGGAACAAAACGUCACGCAGAUCAAGGGUCCUGCAGCUCCACACUCUGACGAGAGGAUAUCCUUGAAGAAGAACGACGAGAAAGAGAACGGUAUCUCAAGACGUGCUAGGAUGAUGACCACGAUAAAGACUGCUUGCUUGCCGAAGUUGAUUUGCGAACUGACCUCGUCCGUUCAUCAGGAUCAGCUUAGUGAGAUGGAACGGUCCUUGUUGAACUUGAUCAGGGACACAAGUUUGAACACAAUGGCGGAAGUGCCCUCGAGGUACCACUUCGCAGCUCAUAUGGGUCAACUGAUAUCCGGUCUGGAAGGUCAGGGAUGCCAUAAUUUCUAUCCCACCUGCCCACUGCCCGGAUCCAGCGUUCUGAACAUGAUGAAGAAGAUUCGAUUGCGCUGACAGGACGAAAUCCUCGUCGACGACAGAAAAACACGACGACAAAGCCUGUGAUAUUGCAGACGAUUCUUUCCUCUUCCAACUUCCACGUUCCAGGAUUUUCAUUUUAUCGAAUCUGCAAAAUUUCUUCGUGGAAGCGUUCUUUGCGAGGAGACAAGAUGGUCGUUUCCUGAGAAAGGGACCAUUUCAAAUACGUUUGAGAUUUUUGUAUCUGACCACAGCAAGCUGGGUCAAGUUAUCGAUAUAAGAUUAAUCAACGUUAAGGGAAUCGAAUAGUAUUUAAGCUCCUGUCAUUACGGGACACAAAUUCACUUUGAUCAUUUAUUUAUGAAACAUCUUUUUAAUCAUUUUUGAAACUCGGUACCAUGUAUCCUUAUUCCGGAGGUCUUCUGGAAAUAAAACUCGAAUAAAUAUUUGUAUUUCAACAAUC